AUGUUUGAAGAACAAAAUGAUCAAUAUUUUAUUCAUUCGGAUGUAUUUUCCUCAACAAAUGAUGAAGAAUUUUCGAGAGAUUCGAUUCAAUUUUUUAUAUUAUCAACUAAGAAUAAUGAAGAUAUUCAUGUUGAUGAUGAUGGUGAUCUAGAUUUAAUUCGUCCAGAACGUAUUGAUGUAACGUUAGUUCAUCGUAAUGAAACAAAUGUAUCACAAUGUGGAUAUCAAUUAUGGAAUGGUUCGCUGCUUCUUUGUGAUUUUAUAUUAACAAAUCAAGAUCGAUUUUUAAAUCGAACAAUUCUUGAAUUAGGUGCUGGAAUUGGUCUUUGUACUCUUAUUGCAAGUCGAUUUGCAUCAAGAAUUAUUUCUACUGAUCAUGAUAAUAAUCUAUUAGAAGUACUUCAAGAAAAUAUCAAUAUUAAUGAUAGUAUAUGUCGAAAAGAAUGUAUUCAAAUACAAAAAAUCGAUUGGAAACAAUUUGAUUGUAAUGAAAUAGAUAAUCAAAUUGAAAUUAUACUUGCAGCUGAUGUUAUAUAUGUUGAUGAUUUAACUGAUGCAUUAUUUGAUGUAUUUACAAAACUUUAUCAAACAAAAUCUAAACUUCAUUCAAUUUAUAUAACCAUUGAAAAACGAAUUAAUUUUUAUGUUGAAACACUUUCGAUUCAAUGUCCUGCUUAUGAAUAUUUUCUUGAAAAAUUAACUCAAUUAAAAAAUGAUCAUCCAUUAUUAACAAUGAAAGAAAUAAAUACCGAUAGAGAAUCAAUUAAACAAUGUACUUCAAUGUAUAGUCGAACAAAUGAAUUAAUUCUUUGGCAUAUUUAUCAUUCAGAAAGAUUUUAA